AUAAAAUACUCACCAACAAAAACACAUACUUUUGCUUGGCCGUCUAGCUGAAAUGUUCAUCUGAUGCAAGUUUUAGUUGGGGGCUACAUGUUCUCUCUCUUUUUUCGUCUGCAAAACCUGACAUCCAGCUGCACUGUUGUCAUGUGCUUCCAUCAUAGUACCAACUUUGAAUAAAUAUAUACUCAUGCACAAAUAUAUAGAUAUUUGUAUAUAUAAUAUGACACACACACAAACUUAAACAAACUUUUGGGAAGUAUUCCUUGAAUACAUACUCACGCACACACACACACACACACACACACAUAUAUAUAUAUAUAUAUAUAUAUAUAUAUGCAAACACUUACAUACACAAACUUUACCACCAUUAUUCUUCAGAACUAUUCUUUGAUUGCUCUUGCUGUUUCUGCUCCCUUGAUUCUACAACAGCCCAAGAUCACACCCACUUGUUGCUAUUUUCCAAACUACCAAUUCUAUAAGUUUUAAAUAAGCAGCCCUAAUUCCACAUUGUUCACUUAUAGUACUUUAAUUUUGUCAUCACUGAGAAGCCAAAUUUAAUACAAUAAUAAAUAUAAUAAUAAUGAUAAUUUAAAACACAAACACAAACACACACACAUUACUUGGGGUUUGAUCUAUAUAUUAUUUUUGUCUGGAUUUUUGGGGUUUUAAAUUUUUGUCUGUGUGUGUUCGAUGUAAAAAAAAAUUCCAUUGAUUUAUUUUCUGGUUUUGUAGGAUACCCCCAUCUUGUCCCCUAAACUAACAUUUCACAAGAAAAGAAGGCACCUAAUAUUUUUCUCAGUUUUCUCCCUCUGCCUUUUAGCUCUUUAUUUUAAAAAAAUAAUUCCUUUUUAUGAUUAGAAUGUGAAAGUGUUACUUUUGAUAUAUAUAUAUCAAAACAAUCUGUGAUAAUCUUGUACUGAUUGUGUGUGGUAUUUUACAUAUAUGUAUAUAAUUUUGAGCAUAACCUGUGUGGUUAAGCAUCAUACAUACAAGGAUAGAUACCUUUCUUACUCUUUCAAUGCUAGACAAAUUGAAAGCUAAGUAUUAAUUACUGUCUUAAGGGACCCAUAACUUUUCCAAAACAUUGAAAGUUUGACUGAAUUUGAUCAUCAUAUUUUUUCCUUUCUCCCUUUACUCCUAUUCCCACAUGAUGUAUUAGAAACAAACAGGAACAAAGUUAACUAAUCUCCAUGUUAUUUCCACGUGUAUUUGUAUCAGAUUCAGGGGUUUUAUUUAAUCUCCAAAUUGAAAUGUUAAAAUUGAUGAAAUGUCUAAACAUCAUGAAAGCAAGGACCCUCCUGAAUGCGGAGUUGCCAGUUAAGAGCACUAACUUGCUACUGAGAACCUUGAACAUUGAAAGAAGUGGUCUUUGAAUAUCUGGUGAGAAAGGAUGCAUUCCGUUGAAAAAUUGCCAGUUUUGCCAUCGAUACUAUCUCAUUCGAUAGAAAAACUGCCAGUUCUCUCAGCAGCAAUGCCGUUCCAGGCAGAUGGAAAUACUCUUGCAAAUGUCCCCAAAUCUCCUGGCAUUGAGUCUUUUCUUUUUGAAAACCAAGAAUUUAACAAUCCUAAUAAUAAUGAUAAUAUCAGCAGCAGCAACAACAAUAAUAACAACAACAACAGUGAUAAUAUUAACAACAACAAUGGAAAAGUAGAACAGUCUACUAUUUUAAAUGAAACCACUACCAACAGUUGUGGUGAAAAUGACCAAAGUAACAUUAAAGAUAAUGAUGACAACAACAACAACAGUAGCAACAACAGCAACAGAAGUAGUAGUAGCAAUGGUUCUGGAAUGUUCGAGUGUAAAUUCUGUUUGAAGCAUUUCUCUCAUUCUGGUCACUUCAAUGAACAUCUUCGAACACAUACUGGUGUUAAACCAUACCAGUGUAAAUUUUGUCCCAAGACAUUUUCACAAAGUGGUCAUUUAACAAUUCACUUGAGAACUCACACUGGAGAGAGGCCAUUUGUAUGUAGUUACUGUCAAAAAUCGUUUUCCCAGUCAGGCACGCUUUCAUCUCAUCUACGAAUUCACACCGAAGAGAAGCCAUAUGAAUGCCCUUACUGUCUCAAACUGUUCUCACGAACCAGUUACUUAAUAACACAUCUACGAGUCCACACUGAAGAGAAGCCAUUUGAAUGCAAGUUCUGUCAAAAAAGAUUUUCUCAAAGCGGGCAUUUGAAUGGUCAUUUGAAGAUUCAUACUGGAGAGAAACCUUACACUUGUGAUUUCUGCCAAAAGUCCUUCUCAUUAUCAGGCAACUUGACGAAGCACUUGAGAAUUCACACUGGAGAACGUCCGUAUGAAUGUGACUUCUGCCAAAAGUCUUUCUCUCAGUCAAACUCACUAGUUGUUCAUCUUCGUAUACACACUGGAGAGAAACCAUUUGAAUGUCAAUAUUGUUUGAAAACUUUCUCUCGUGCUAACUAUCUCUCCACUCACAUGACUGUUCACACUCGAGAGAAACAUUAUGAGUGUACUCAUUGCAAGAAAACAUUUGCCCAGGCCAGUCAUUUAAAAGAACAUAUAAAAGUGCACACUGGAGAGAGACCAUACACAUGUUCAGUGUGCAAGAAAACAUUUGCACAAUCUGGGAACUUGACAAAACACAUGAGAGUUCAUUCUGGUGAGAGGCCGUACCAAUGUCCUUACUGUCCCGAGGAUCGCAAAAAAUGUUUUUCCCAGUCUUAUAGCUUGACCACUCACUUAAGGCAACAGCAUGGAGCUGUAGUUGACAUCAAUGUUGAUGUAAUUGGGCCUCUGGCAAACAAAUGCAAUGCUUCUGAUAGAAAUGGAUGCAGUAGCCACACUAUUGUUGCUGGUAGCUGCACACCAGCAAAUACAACUAGGAUGUUUAAGUGCAAUUUCUGUGGCAAAGAAUUUCUCCGUUCUAGUCAGCUCUGGACACAUGUAAAAGCUCAUUCAAUGACAGACCAGCCAGUGAAUCCACUCAGUAAGACGACAACCAAUACUGAGUCAACCACCACUGAAAGUGUUGUGAGCCACAAUAACAGCGGACUGCUGUUUCCAACUUCUUUGUCUCUUUUGUCACCAUCUCCUUCACUGGGUGGUACUGAGUUCAGUUCUGCUCUCAUGACAAUGUCUGACAUGAUGGCAAGCCCCUUUGGAGGGUUAGCUUCCAGCAUGGGCAGUUCGUCUAAUACUGAACCAACGUCAGGAGGUGGAGAAGGUAGCCGGGAAGAUAUUGAAGCUGCACUUGAUUCAAUUGAGAAAGAUUGCAGUAAAACGAAAAGUGAGAAACCAUAUUCCAAGGAGAAGUUGAUGGCUGUGAUGGAAUUAACUCCGACUGAAAAACCACUAGAUACCAAUUUAGAUACAGAACUCUUAACUCCAGCACCACUUAACCUCGGUUAAAACAUCUAGGUGCAACUUCCUCUGAUUUUUCUUCUUCAAUCCCGAAGCGCUGUCAAAUGCUGUUAUGGAAUUUGCUGCUGUAAUAUCUGGACUGACUUAGCUGUAGCUGUUGUUGUUGUUGCUGCUGCAGCGUUGAAGAAAACUUAGUUUGGGGUCAACAUAUACAGAGAUAUUCUUAAACAUUGUAGUUGUUGGGGAUAAUACAAAUACAGACGAAUCUUUAUUCAUUUAAACUAAAAUAGUGAUUUUUUUUAAAACAGUAAUAAUAAUCCUAAACAAAGCUAUAGAAAGUUGCACAGCAAUAGUUCCAAUUUUUUUUUGUACAUGUAAGGAAGAACAUGUUUUGUACAUUUGCAUUUUUAAAUAUAGACUUUGCAGUAACAACCAUAUGAGCACCAUGGCAAAACAUUCUUUAUCUCGAAAAGCAAGCAAACAAAAGAACACCAACGUUGAUUACGUCCUUCCUCCAACCCGAGGAGAAUCUAGUCACCCUUCUCCACCAUCAGCUUUGGACACCAGUAUGCACCAGAAGACG